AUUGGAGUAUAAAUCGUAGAAUUCUUACUCAAACCUUGAUGUCUACUGGAUUUUUAAGGAACACAAUUAAAUUGAUUGAAAAGAAUUGUGAUGAGUUAUUUCAAUUUUGGGAUUUAUUAUGUGUCAUCGAACAAGAUAAUUGA